GAGAACAAUUAUGGAGUAUUGGAAAAGGGUCAAACCUUUUGUGAAGCCUUCAUUACCAUUUCUUUCCAAAGGUUUUCAAGACGCUUCUCUUUUAUUGUUAUGUUUCUUAGCUGCUGCUUUUCCCUCAAGAAACUCAGCUCCGUAUGAUAAGGUAUUUUGGAAAUUGAGCAUUCCAUAUUUUUGUUUCUACACACUUGGUUUCUUUGGAAAUAUCCUUUGUGGUAUAGUUUCUUCUCUUCAUGGCCGCAAUGGGACGUACAUGAUUUUUCUUAUUCCUCUACUGUUUGGAAAUUUGCUUCUUCUUGGGGCACUGCCUUUCACUCUGCAACUCUUACCUUUGCACGCAGUUGCCUUUUCCUUUAUCGGUAUUGGUAACGUUUCUGCCUGUUGUUGUAUUUUGCCAAAUGUGCUAGAGAAUUUGGAGGAUCGUCCGAAGCAAGAGAAAGCUUCCAAUUUCAUUCUCACUACAUGGGUUCCAAAUUAUGUUGGUUUCGGGCUGGUUAUUUUCUUUGGUUCGUUGCUUCAUCUUCUAUUUGGAGAAAAAUAUCGUAAUUGGAUAAUUUUUUUAUUGCUAUGUCAGUCUUUUGGUCUUCAUAUCUUUACAAUAUUGUCAAUCUCUGAGACCAGAGAGAGUAGCCUUUUUACAAGUUCAAUGACUUCUCAGAAAUUGAACUUUUUCACUUUGAUGAAAUGCAUAUGGUCAUGUUAUCUAAAGAAUUGGAAUUAUAUUAUGUUGUUUGGUGCUACUCUUUUGUUUCUUACUUGCAAUAGCUUAACACUUUGGUUUGUACUGUUUGCUGAGAAUUGGUCGUGGAUGGCCAAAACUGGUCGUUUUAUGUUUUAUUUUGUUUGGAUUAUAUUUGCUGCUUCGCGUAUUCUGAUCUCUUUUUCAAUAUCUAAGCUUAUUAAUAAGUUUGGGUAUAACUAUGUGUUUCUCUUCUCAUGUUCAGUUGUUGUAGCCAUGGAAUGCUUGCAGUUCCUCUUUCAAUUUCGUAUGAUUUCCUUCUUAUUGGGGCUUACGUAUACUUGUCUUGCGCCUGUUAUCGUUAUUCUUACAGAAUUAUUUCUAAUGCAUAUCGUGCCUAGUCGAAUCCGUUCCUCUUGGAUGGGACUUGUCAAGAGUAUGGAAAACAUAGGUGCAUUUUCUGUAAUGAUUCCUAUUCUAGUCUUAUUGCGACCGAAUAAGAACGAACCCAUCCAUUUAGAUAGAGUGAAUCAUAUGAGACUUGUGUUGUUUGGGUUCUGGUUGUUGAUUGUUUUGGUUGGAUAUUGGCUUAUUCACCGCGCAGCAUUGUUACCGGACAUUCCUUUGCGAUGAUAAAAAAGAGUAGUUGUGUUGUUUUGAAUGCG